GUAAAUUUACUUACUGUUUAUCCUUGGUUUGACAAGUUAGAGAAAAAAGACAAAGACUCCGCAUUUUGAUUCUUGGAAGAUCUGAUCUGAUAAACAAACAGAAAGAAAGACGGAAAUGGAGAAAGUGAAGAACAUGAUAAAGCCAAAGCCAAACCCGCAACAGCAAUUAAGAGAUUGGCAGCGUAGGCUUCGUCAGGAGUGCCGGAACAUUGAGCGCCAAAUUCGAGAUAUACAGAGAGAAGAGAGAAAUGUACAGAAAGCAAUAAAAGAUGCUGCUAAGAGAAACGAUAUGGUCUCCGCCAAGGCACUUGCAAAGGAACUUGUGCAUUCUAAAAAAACAGUGAACCGUCUUUAUGAAAAUAAGGCGCAAAUGAACUCAAUAUCAAUGCACCUUGGGGAAAGCGUUGCAAUUGCACGUACUGUGGGGCAUUUGGAAAAGAGUGCUGAAGUUAUGAAGCUUGUCAAUAACCUUAUGAAGGCUCCUGAAGUAGCCAUCACGAUGCAAGAGUUCAGCAAAGAAAUGACAAAGGCUGGGGUGAUCGAGGAGUUUGUGAAUGAUGCUGUUGAUUCAGCACUGGACUCUGAUGAUAUAGAAGAAGAGAUAGAAGAAGAAGUUGACAAGGUCUUGACAGCAAUUGCUGGUGAGACUGCUGCACAGCUGCCUGAAGCAGUCAGGAGGGAAAAAGCCAAGCAGCCUGCUCAGACAGCAGGAACUGCACAAGAGGAGGAAGCCAUCGCUGAGGGUGUUGAUGAUGAGGAAGAACUCGAAGCAAUAAGGGCCCGACUUGCUAAAGUCAGGUCAUAAUUCACUCUAUCUAGUCCAAUUUAACCAUCAGAAUGGAGAAAGAUGUGAGUACAUUUAUGUGCAUGUAUCCUCAUGAUGAAGGUUACAAUUUCCCGUCUGACACCAAGAAAGAACAUUGAAAAUACGUAUCUGUAUAUAUAAAGCAGCAUUUUACAGACUAGCUAGCGGCUAUCUGUACAAUAUAGAUCAAUCAUCUAACAUAUUAAGGAUUAUAUCUGCUGUAUCUCCCUCCUGUUUUUAUUAAUUGAGUGGAAAUCAACCAUAUUAUUUGAA